AUGCCCGUGAAGUUGGGUCCAUAUCCAAUUACAUGCAUUGAAGAAAAGGCUGAUAGGAAGCUAGUGGUUCGUUUUACUGUGUUGAAUGAUUGCUUGCCAUUGGCAGAAGAAAAGUUCAGAAAGGUCAUUAAAGAAAACUACUACACGAGGAACAAGUUCAACUGUCAAUUGACCUCGGAACAGGUGAAGAAGUUGUGCAAGCUUUUUGUUACUGCCAGCGAAGGCCCCAAAUUGGAAAAAUUGACUCGCAGUCUUAGAGCUGAGACUCAUAGAUCUUUAGACCACGAGAGAAAUAGAAGGCGGGGUAAAGAGAGACGCUCAACAUUGGGUGGGGAGCGGGAGCGUCGGUAUUACGAGCGUCCUGUUAGGUAUGAGAGAGAAGUUUUUGCAUCUCCUGUGGCACCGGUGUCUCGAGUUCGGCCUUUACCUCAACCAGCUCUCCUUCCGUCAUAUGCAUAUGAGAGGACCUUGGAGAUGGAUCCUUACAGACGGGACCCAUUAUCAGAUCAUCGAGAGGCUUACAGACGGGACCCAUUAUUGGAGCAUCGAGAUGGUUACAGACAGGACCCAUUAUCAGAGCAUCGAGAUGGUUACAGACGGGACCCAUUAUCAGAGCGUCGAGAUGCUUACAGACGGGACCCAUUAUCAGAGCGUCGAGAUGCUUACAGACGGGACCCAUUAUCAGAGCCUCAUGAUGCUUACAGACGGGAACCACUGUUUGAGGAUCGUGUUGUUUACAGACGGGAUCCAUUAUUAAAGCAUCAUGAUCGCAGGCAUUCAGAGUUGGAAUCAAGGCAUCUGGAUGAUAAUGCUAGGCGUGAUGCCUAUAGCUCAUACAGAGAACGCCCUGCGGUGUAUUCUGUAGGCCUACCCCGAGAGCACAAUCCCCCAGCAGACUUGCCACCUGAAUACCACCGUGAACGCCUACUGCCUGAGUACCGUUCUUCUGCAGGUCCACUACCUGAGUACCAUCGUUUUCAACCCCUGUAUCGUUACUAAACUGUCGUUUUUAAAAUGGGAAGGCUGUACCAUUAGACUCUGCUCUGGAAGUUACAAGGUUUAUUAGGUAUGCAGUACUGUGCCGAGCUUUAUUUGACAGUAAAAGUUUCUGAUACGGCUAGACAUUCAGCUUUGAGUUCGUAUCAGUAACUGACAACGGGAGACUCCUUUUCAUAUGUAUGUGUUGCAUGUUGAUGAUACUAGGGAGAAAUAAACUUCUGUGGUCUUCCUACAAUUUUAUUUUUUUUGUUUAAUUGCCUUCUAUUUAGUUUUCUUUUAUUAUAUGAAAAAAAAACCCUUUAAGG